AGGCGCUCUGUUUUACAUAAUAAUUCCAACGGUAUGAGCUUUCGAAAUCCUAGGAUCACGGCAAAUUAUAUGUUAAAGUGCACUGGCACGGAACAACACCAUAUGCACAGUGUAACUGAUACCGCGGGAAUUAGUAUACAGACAAAAUACGUCGUAAUAGUAAACAUAUUUAUACACGUAAACACCAUAACAUCCACCGUUAAUGAAGGAAGUUGAACGCAAGCCACAAAAUCCUUUCUCUGUCAUUGAAACAAAUGAAAUCUGUUGACAGGGUUUGCUGGACACCUUGGAAACAGGUGCUGUUAAGAAAGAACCACUUAAUGGAACACUGGAAUCAUGCUGUCCCAUGAAAGAAUACAUGAAUGCAACCCUUCAAACAAUUGAAACAAUGGAAAGACCCGUUACUGGAACCCUGGUUCUGCUGACACACAUGGAGAUUCACAGUGGAAUCAAACCUCACCAGUGCCUGGUGUGUGAGAAAACAUUUACAGCCUCAAGUGACCUGCAGAAACACAUGAGGGUUCACAGUGGAAUCAAGCCUCAUGAAUGUGUUGAAUGUGGGAAAAAAUUUACACAGUCAGGUAAUCUGCAGAAACACAUGAGGAUGCAUUCAGGAAUCAAGCCUUAUGAAUGUGUUGAAUGUGGGAAAGCAUUUUCAGAAUCAGGUAAUCUGCAGAAACACAUGAGGACUCACACAGGAAUCAAGCCAUAUGCAUGUGUUGAAUGUGGGAAAACAUUUACAGAAUCAGGUAGUGUGCAGAUACACAUGAGGAUUCACAGAGGAAUCAAGCCUUAUGAAUGUGUUGAAUGUGGGAAAGAAUUUGCACAAUCAGGUCAUCUGCAGGGACACAUGAGGAUACACACAGGAAUCAAGCCUCAUGAAUGUGUUGUAUGUGGUAAAACAUUUACAGAAUCAGGUCAUCUGAAGAACCACAUGAGGAUUCACACAGGAAUCAAGCCUUAUGAAUGUCUUGAAUGUGGGAAACAAUUUGCACAAUCAAGUCAUCUGCAGAGACACAUGACAAUUCACAGUGGAAUCAAGCCUCAUCAGUGCAUUGUGUGUGAGAAAACAUUUAUCCAAUCAACUUACUUGCAGAUACACAUGAGGAUUCACACAGGAACCAAGCCUUAUAAAUGUGUUGAAUGUGGGAAAGCAUUUACACGAUCAGGUCAUCUGCAGUCACACAUGAGGACUCACUCAGGAAUCAAGCCUUAUGAAUGUGUUGAAUGUGGGAAAGAAUUUGCACAAUCAAGUCAUCUGCAGGGACACAUGAGGAUACACACAGGAAUCAAGCCUUAUGAAUGUGUUGAAUGUGGGAAAAAAUUUGCACAAUCAAGUCAUCUGCAGGGACACAUGAGGACUCACACAGGAAUCAAGCCUUAUGAAUGUGUUGAAUGUGGGAAAGAAUUUGCACGAUCAGAUAAUCUGCAGAAACACAUGAGGACUCACACAGGAAUCAAGCCUUAUGUAUGUGUUGAAUGUGGGAAAGCAUUUACAGAAUCAGGUACUCUGCAGAGACACAUGAAGACUCACAGAGGAAUCAAGCCUUUUGAAUGUCUUGAAUGUGGGAAAAAAUUUGCACAAUCAGGUCAUCUGCGGACACACAUGAAAAUUCACAGUGGAAUCAAGCCUUAUGAAUGAGGGGAAACAUUUACACGAUCAAAUUGUCUGCAGAGACACACAAAAAUUGCACAGGAAUCAAGCCAUAUGAAUGUGUUGAAUCUAGGGGGAAAUUUACUCUAUCAGGUUAGAAACACAUGAGGAUUCACCAACUGCCAGAAUUUGAAAUCUGUUAUAUCAGGAAUUGGUUACACACAACUGGCUUAUAGGAAGUCGGAUCAAGACAAAGCAUUGUGGCAUGAACUAUCAUCAUCUAGCUGGAGGCUCUCCCUGGUGGGUAGGGAGGAUAGGCGUGGGUCACGGCUCUGAUAAAAAGUGAGUUUUGAAGUUAUAAAAAAUGGAUUGCUCGCUGCCAAAUAUACGUAAUUCUGUGUCAUCACUUUAUACAGACGAUGGGGUGUGAUUUGGCGGUAUACAGGUCACGAAUCGACUGUUUCAGCUCAACAUACAUCGCCUUCUUGUCGAGACGAGCAAGGCGACGGGCCACCAUGUCCAUGCGAGCGAUGCACGUGCGCCGGUGCAUAUUGACCUGGCUCAAGCUGACUUUGUUUUCUUUGCUACUUUUGUUGAUGAGUCACAGUAUUGAACUGAACCCAGGUCCUCGGCGUCAAGCAGCUUUAGAUGGGGAAUUUUCUUUGUCCGAUAUGUUUAAGGAACUUACGGAUAUGCGCCAAGAAAUGAACGAUAACUUUGAGAAUCUUUCAGGAAAAAUUACCAAAAUGGAAAAUGACAUACUCGAGUUGAGUGAAGAUAAUGCAGACAUGCGAGAUACUGUGGACAAGCUUACCCAGACGGUUAAUAGCCUUGAAAGCCAAGCGAGACAGAAAAAUUUGAUAUUUUUCAAUGUCAAUGAUACACCCAGUGAAACAAGCGAAGAUACUGAGAAAGAAAUUCACGAUGUGCUCGAGAAUGUCAUGGAUUUUAAAGACCCUACUGAGUUCAACAAAGUAAAACGGCCCAGUAAACAAUGAGUCAGACAUAUUUUCUCAAAUCUGGAAAUGUAUGGUGUGGAACAUUGAAGGCUUAAAACGCCAUGAAACUAACAUCCCAUUCAAGAAUACUAUUAACCAAUAUGAUGUUGUGUCUCUCGUGGAAACAUGGGCCAGUGAACGAGAUGUAUUCUUAUUUCCGGGGUAUAUACAAUUCCACCAGACAACGCACAAGAAAAAUAGCACUAUCAGGAAUUCUGGUGGCAUAUUUUGUAGUAAAGGAAUCCUUAUCUCAGUGUGUUUCACAAUAUAUAACACAGUCCCAAAAUAUGUUGUGGCUUCAUUUCAAAUCCAGUUAUGAUGAUACUCACCUGUUUCUUUGUAGGAUAUAUUUUUCUCUGAGGAGGUCGAGUGAACACUCUGAUGAAGCGGUUUUGGAUAUACUUGAAGCUGACAUUAUACAUAUAAAAUCUAAACGCCUAACUGUGAUGUGAUAGUUCAAGGCGAUUUUAACGGAAGAGCUGGAUAUGGUUCUCAGCUUGAUUACAUCAUAGACGAUGACGUCACAUAUUUACCAAUAGAGGAUGACAUAAAGUAUGGACAAGACAGUCCUCCUCAAGAGACGAUCACAAGACUGUGUUAUUAAUGAACGAGGUUACAGCCUACUUGACUGUUGUAAAUCAACAGGGCUUAGAAUAUGUAAUGGGAGACUGUUCGAUGAUAAACUUGUUGGAAAAGAAACAUGUUUUGCUAACGAUGGACAAAGUGUUGUAGAUUAUGUUUUGUGUUUUUAAAAGUGCUUUACGAUGAUGAUUUGAUAACAAGACCUAAAUAUUUCUGGGCAGAGGAAAAAGCGAGAACCGUAUGUUGAUUCAUGGAAUUCCAUACCAUCGGAUUAUACAGAAAACUUUAAUUCACUGGUUUCCAACAGACAAGCAAGUUCCGCCAGUGAUUGCAUUAUUAAACUUAUUCAGUGUUGCGCUACAUGCUUUAAAAACACUUCAAUUUAAAAUGUUAUCGUGCAAAGGGGGAUAACUGGUUCGAUACGGAAUGCAAGACGGCCAGACAGGUGGCUCGCCGUCUACUUUGUGCGUUUCAUGCAACAAAUGACCUUGUCGCUAGAUUGAUCUAUAUUGAGGCAAGACACCGCUAUAAACAACUUUUUACAAAUUAUCACAGGCAUUUAUCACAUUCACUAAUAAUCUUGAACAAGCACUUUUGAUAACAGUAAACUGUUUUGGUGAAAUCAACACCGUCUAGAGGUGUAAACAGCAUUAGUGCCACAGACUGGACUGUUGAUUUUAAGAAUUUAUUCAGUGGAACAAUAUAUCAGUUAAUGAAGCUGACUUUUAUCAAUCAAUACAUCAUUUUGUGAACUCCAUCGAUAAUGAAGUAAUGAAUGAAUCUGUUAAUAUUGAACUUGACCUUGACAGAGAUAUAUCUUGUAAAGAAAUCCUAGAUGUUUCCAGUAUGCAUUAAGGUAAGGCACCUGGAUUUACAGGAAUACCAAUUGAGUUUUUUUUUAAAAUGCUCACCUGUUUAGCCAAGUAUAUUUUCCUUGCUUUUAAGAAGCGCAGUAACUUCCUCCAGUGUCGUGACAAUGUAUAAAUAAAUGUGUACCUACUAUGACGCUACCUCUGUUUUGCGAUGUGAAUUGAUGAUGGUGUAAUUGUAUACUGGGUCUGUGGCAUGUUUACGGAAUAAACAUUCAUUCACUCA